AUGGCUAUUAUAGAUCAAGAAAAAGAGCAGGCAAACCAAGCUCGAGAUGUGCGACCUUUUCAUGAAACGGCUGCUUCCCGUUUAGCACACACUCUUGACGCCUUCCAUGCCUACUUCAAGAAAUGGAGUUGCACCAAGCUGAGUCAGAUUUACGACUUUGGCUUCAAAGUCGACGAAACGAAGUGA